CGCACCCCCUCUCUGUGCCGUAGUUUCCCCAGGUCAUGAGGUGCCCCCUCCUGCCAGGCUGCCUACCUUGCUCUUAACCCCAAACAGCCGGUGACGGUAAAAGUGUCCCUGGUCUUUCUGGGUCAAGGUGGUGAACUGAACCCAACUCAGAAGCCUACAGAGACCACACAGGAGAGUGUUUAAGACAAACCCUGAGGAUGAGGAUGGAGAAGGAGCCCAUAGCAAGGGCAUUCUGCACCUAAGUGGGAACGGUGAGAGUCGUUUCUGGGGGAUCCCCACUCCCUAAGCCCCCACACAACAGCCCCAUCUAAUGAUGCUGCUGGGAAGAGCUGACAAGCCCAGCCAUGCACCGCUCAGAGCUCCCCUCCAGUCGGUGAUGAAGAAAGACCACAGCUCUUUAUCUCGAGCUGGCAGCCAGGGGUUCCUCGGCCUCAGAAGAAACCAGACAAACAGGUAGAUGCAUUUUGGGAUUGAAUAGGUUAUGUUCCAGCCACUUGAUGUGUGGAAGCAAAAUUGGCCUCAACCCGGUCAGAUUUUAAAAACGAGUACAUUGCCUACUGAGAUAAACUAAAAAUAAAGGUCAGCUUACUAGUUCUGGCCCCCAAAGUAAGUGAGAGGCUGAGCACGUCCCAUAAGCCUGGACAACCCCCCCAUCCUUCACCUUGCAGUACAGUUCUUCUAUCUGAAGGUGUGUCAGACUCGGGAUGUAAAUCAUGGGGCAGUUUCCUCCUCGGUAAACGUGCCCACCAGGGGAGGGCGCCCCGCGGAGGUCGAGGGAGGGACCAGCACCCUCCUCGCUGGAGAAAGCCACGGGUCAGGAGGGCCGUCCUAGCCGGACCCCGCUUCCUUGUGCGACCACCCGGAGACGAGUCUCUGCCAAGCUAUUACACAACCCGGGCCUCCGCGCAGGGCGGGACGACGCUCCCGCUGUUGCCUUAGAAACUGCUUCUGGCGCGCGGACGCUGGAACGCCGUUACCAAGGCGACGACUCGGCGACCAAAAAAACGAGCUUCUUGCAGCGCGCUGGGGGUGGGGCCUGCGCAGUGUGCCAACUCUGAUUGGUCGAAAAGGCAGGUCUCUCACCUCGCUUAACCAAUAGGACCCCGGUCCGCUUUGCACAUGCGCAGGAUUUUAACGGCCCGAGCAGUUGGUGAGUCCUAAGACCCGGAUGCAAAAAGGACGGCCGCCAGUGAGGGAGAGGAGUCCCGCGAACUGAGCUGCUCUGCAGACUCCUCUCCCCGAGGACGGGAGCAGUUCUCAGCGUGAGAGGCCUCUGACAAUGAGCCUCCGCCGGCGGACGCCGCGCCUGUCCUUGCUUACGGAGGCUCAUGGGAAAUGUAGUCCAUAGGGAGGGUGGUGCCUAGGGAGCAGGGGCCUGAUUGGCCACAGCGACGUCACCAGGGCAACGAACGGAGGGGCGGGGCGGGGCGUCGCGGUGCCGUUGACCCGGAAGCGGCCUCCGGCGCCGGCGCGGUGGCGGCGGCUGGCUGUUUCCUGGACGCUGGACUGGGCAACCUGCUCCAAGCUCGUGGCCCGAGGUCGGCGCCCUGACCCUCCGUCUCUGCAGGUCCCGCUCGGCGGCUCCAGGAAGGCCCCCGGCGCGACCAUGCCGUCCCCGCUGGGCGCCCCGCGCCCGCCCUCCGUGCGCCCCGCGCCCGCCCCGGAGGACCCCGAGGCCGCGCGCCUGCGCUUCCGGGGGUUCCGCUACCGAGAGGUGGCGGGUCCCCGGGAGGCCCUGGCCCAGCUCCGCGGGCUGUGCCGCCAGUGGCUGCGGCCCGAGGCGCACUCCAAGGAGCAGAUGCUGGAGCUGCUGGUGCUGGAGCAGUUCCUGGGCGCGCUGCCCCCCGAGAUCCAGGCCUGGGUGCAGGGCCAGGGGCCGGGCAGCCCCGAGGAGGCCGCAGCCCUGGUGGAGGGGCUCCAGCGGGACCCCGGGCAGCUGCUGGGCUGGAUCACAGCCCAGGUCCUGAAGCAGCCGGUGCCCCCGGCGGCACAGAAGGCAGAGGACUCCCUGGCCAGUCUCCACUCCCCAGAGAGAGGGCAGCCCCUCGGGGCAGCCGCUGGGGAGGGGCCGGAGGGUGCCCAGCUCGGAGGCUGCCCUGUGAAGAGGGAGCCUGAGGCUGAGGCGCAGGAGAUGGCCUCCGCCAGCCCCCCAAAUCCGGUCCAGUCCCAAGAGGGGCUAGUUGGACCUGGGGAACCGGACGCGGCCUCCUUCCACCCGCCCAGGAUGCAGGAGGAGUGGGGGCUGCUGGACCCGUCGCAGAAGGAGCUGUAUUGGGACGCGAUGCUGGAGAAGUACGGCUCCGUGGUCUCCCAGGGGUUACCGCCUCCCCUGCCGGACCCGCGGGCCGAGUUGGAGCCGGGGUUGGAGCCGGGGUCGCCGAGCGCGGGGGCCGAGGGCCCGGGCAGCCUCCGCACGGGAGCUGAGCGCGAGGGCCCGUCGGGGUCCGCCGCGUCGGUGCCGCCGCCCCCGGAGCCGGACGCCGCACGCAGCAAGCCCUACACCUGCGAGCAGUGCGGCCGCGGCUUCGACUGGAAGUCGGUGUUCGUCAUCCACCACCGCGCGCACCAGGGCGGCCCGGGCGCCCCGAGGCCGCUGCAGGGACCCCGGGAGCCGGGCGCCCCGCGCCACCCCCGGCGCGCGCCCCCGGGCGCCCGGAGCUACACGUGCGCCGAGUGCGGGCGCGGCUUCAGCUGGAAGUCGCAGCUCGUGAUCCACCGCAAGAGCCACGCCGCCCGCCAGCGCCACGUGUGCGGGGACUGCGGCCGCGGCUUCGACUGGAAAUCCCAGCUGGUCAUCCACCGGCGGGGCCACCGGCCCGGGGACCCCUGAGCGGGAGGCGGCGGCCCCCCCUCGGGCCUCGGGUCUCGGGGCCUGGACGCAGGCUGCUGGCUGCCGCCUGGAGGACCUGGGGCAGCCGAGGGCGCAGGAGCGGGGCGAGUCCCCGGGAAGAUCCCUCCCGAAAGCCACCGGCGCCGGGAAGCCCGCUUCCCCUCCCCCGACCUGGGGCCUGGGUCGCCAGGGUGACCUCCCGGCUCCCUUCUCCCCACGUGGGACUGACGGAGGCUGACGGCGCUCCUGCCCCGGGACCUGCCAGCCCCGGUGCGAUGCUCAGAAACCUCCUCCCUCCGCCCCGAGCGGCCGGUCUCCCCUGGAAGACGCAGGAGCCCGGGAGGCAGGGCCGCUGUUGCCCGGGAGGGAGCCGCACGCUCUCCGCGGCUGUGGGUUUGCAAUGAACCCCGCUUUCCCCGUCGGGAGGUUCCUGGCCGCGACGCUGGCCUCUGGCUUCUGCCGGUCAGACGGUCAGCGGUCAGCGGCUCCUCCUCCCGUCUGGCAGCUGGGGCCCCAGAGCCCCGAACCCGGAAGGAGGCUCCGCGCUCCGGCCUCGCUGCCCCGGCCCCUCCCGCCUUGCUGUCCUUGGGCUCCUGGGUCCCAGCUUGAGCAGACGCCGAGGGGACUUACUGUUUGUUAAAAUUGACUUUAAAGAGAAGGGGAAGGAGAGACAGACAUCAAGUUGCCGUUCCACUGACGUGUGCGUUCACCGGCUGGGUGCCAUGCGCUGGCGGGAGAUCAAAUCCAAACCUCCAACCAGCCGAGCUUCGGUCAGAGCAGGGACUUCUUUCUUUUCUCGGUGACACGCUCAUUUAUUGUUUAUCUCAUGUUAUAGAACAUAUUAGAUCUUGUUGUUUAAGCUCUAAAGUCUUUUUUUUGUCUGAA